AUGUCCAACGGGAGUGCGUCAAACGUCAUCCGCAGGAAGCUCGUCAUUAUCGGAGACGGUGCCUGCGGCAAGACAAGUUUACUCAGCGUCUUCACACUUGGAUAUUUCCCUACAGUAUGUUCAUGUUUCCUUCUUCCCCAGAUCUUGGGCCUGCCCCAGUCUAGAUGGCAUGUGCGGUCGCUAAUCAUUCGUAUAGCAUUAUAUGGCAAGUCCGUGCAGCUUGCCCUGUGGGAUACGGCUGGUCAAGAAGAUUACGAACGUUUACGGCCUCUUGCCUAUUCCAAGGCGCAUGUUAUCCUAAUAGGCUUUUCGGUUGAUACACCCGAUUCUCUUGACAAUGUCAAGCACAAGUGGAUCGAAGAGGCUACUCGUCUUUGCGAAGGUGUACCCAUCAUUCUUGUUGGACUGAAAAAGGAUCUGCGGGAUGACCCUGUUGCCAUUGAAGAGAUGCGCAAGAAAUCCCAACGAUUCGUUACUGCCCACGACGGCGAAGGCGUUGCCCGAGAAAUCGGAGCCAAGCGAUAUCUGGAAUGCUCCAGUUUGAGCGGAGAGGGCGUCGACGAUGUGUUCGAAGCCGCCACCAGAGCUGCCCUUCUUACAUUCGAGAAGGGGGAGACUACCGGUUGCUGUGUCGUUCUGUAA